UUCCUUCUUCGCAGAUUGUCAUUGUUUUACGGCCACGAGAAGAUCUUGAUUUACCAGCGGAUGUAAGGAUAUACGAUAUACACCUGAGACUGUAAGUCCAAGAGUCUGGCUGAACCAUGGAGGAGGAUCACACACGCUACCAACUUCCAGUGGAUGCCCCAGCCUGUCUGUCCCCUUCCGAGAGCUUCACAACGUCAAAGUCGGAUAGUUACGUGACUCCUCCAGAGGGUUCCAUCCUCCUGGCGGCGAACAAGAAACGCAGCAGCACCCUCGAGAGCUUCCGCAGCAUUUCCACGGACACCUUCUUCACUCCACCCGGAUCGGAGAGUUCCAGGAGUCGCUACGGCAUCAAGGACAUACUGAUGUCGAACGCAGCCAAGGACACCCGUGACGACACGAAGGAGGAGAUACAGUGCUACAUGUUUCAGGACUCGUCCGAUUCACAGCACACAGUGAAGAGUGUGACACUGGUCAACGGCAAGGUGCCUCUAGAGAGGCAGUUAUCUUUACCCGAGAAAGUCAUCGCCAAAACCUCAUCUCCUGAACCAACCGAGUCGGCGAAGAAAAGCCCUGUGCGCAAGGAGAGAAGGAGCUCGCUAGAGACGUCUACCAAGGGUAAAGUGACACCCAAGAAAAUCAAAAGUGUCUCGUUGCAUUUUGCAACAGACACUAACCAGGACAAGGACAAAGUCUCGAAUUUCCCGAAGAGUCCCAGUAGCGGACUGACGACACCCUCAGACAGGAUGACCAGCACAGCCACAACUCCGGACGAUUCUGUCAAUCGCAAGUUCUGGAAGGGAGGGACGAGGGCGCUCCUCAUUCAAAAGGUAUGGAAAUAG